AUGACUUCUGAAGAAAUGGCAGCUUCUGUUCUCAGACCUGUGACUCAGCGAAAAGUGAUAUCUGCUCAGUCGGCUGUAGAUGAAAGUAAUGAUAAGGUCUCGGACAUCCAUGUUCCAAAGGCGCAUCCUGUCAGGCAGAGCAGGGAGACUUCUCAUACCAUCUCACAACUGACCAAACUUACAGAAGAAUCUUCUGGAAGCAACUUGCCCCAGAUUCUCUCAGUAGCAAGGGAGAAAAUAAUGAGUGAUGAGAACAGUUAUGAAGAGUGCUGGGAGAAAAGCAUACCAGACUCUGUGAAAAACCUUAACAUUAACUGCAACAACAUACUGAAAAACCGUCAGUGUGGCCUUCCUCAGAGCCAGUUUUAUGAAACGUGUGAUUCUACCACAGAGGAAGGCCUGUGUUUGGAAACUGGAAUCCCUUCUUCACUGGAAAGAAAGGUGUUCCCUGGAAUUCAACUGGAGAUAGACAGACCUCCCGCGGGCAUUAUUAGUCCAUUAGGAACUCAGUCAACCAUCACAGAGACGGGCAGGGCACACCCUGACAGCAACAUGGCAGUAUUUCACUUUCAGUAUGAAGUUGACAGAAGAAUGUCAGACACUUUCUGUCCCCUAUCGGAUAACUUGAUUUUGGAUGAUUGUGGAAACUGUGUACUACCUGCUGUUGGUGGGGAACAAAAGAACAAUUACAUGGCGUAUACUUGUAAACUGAUGGAAUUGGCAAGUAACUGUGACAGUAAGAAUAGGCAGCUGCAGUAUGAUCAUUGUGACCCCUUGAAUGACAAACACUUGUGCUUUGAAGGCUCUUGCCCGAAGGUCGAUGUAGUAUGUUCAAGUGACAGCUUUUGCGGGGAGGAUUUUAUGGACAGUCCACCUGCCAAGACCUUUCUGAGCCAUUUUGAGGACUUCCCUGAUAAUUGUGAAGAUGCAGAAGAAGAUUUAUUCAAAAGCAAGAAGGAGCGGUCCACUUGGCUAGUGAGGAGAUUUUGUAAAAAUGACAGGGAAGUAAAGAAAUCUGUAUACACUGGGACAAAGGCAAUUGUGAGAACACUGCCUUCUGGUCGCAUUGGGCUGGGGGCUUGGAGCUACGUUGAUCGGAAGAGAAACGGUCUCUUACUGCCUUGUGGGAGAGUCAUGGAACGGCUGUCAACAGUGGUGACUAGGCAAGAUGGGGGCCAUUGUCCGUCAGAAGCCCAGUGGUAUCCGAUCUACAGUGCAGUGAGAAGGGGAGAAGAAACAGAAGAGACAAUUAGAUCUCUUCUCCAUUUCUUCACAAAGCUCCCAGCCUCCGAGACAGCCCAUGAAAGGAUUAGCAUUGGUCCGUGCUUAAAGCAAUGUGUCCAAGACACUGUUUGUGAGUAUCGUGCCACCCUCCAAAGGACUUCCAUAUCUCAGUACAUCACCGGUUCUCUCCUAGAAGCCACCACAUCUUUAGGAGCAAGAAGUAGCCUUCUCAGUUCUUUUGGAGGAUCCACCGGACGAACGAUGCUGAAAGAACGCCAACCAGGCACCUCUAUGGCCAAUUCCAGUGCCCUCCCUUCAAGUUCAGCUGGAAUCAGCAAGGAACUGAUUGAUCUGCAGCCCCUCAUCCAGUUCCCAGAGGAAGUUGCCAGCAUCCUGAUGGAGCAGGAACAGAAUAUUUACCGAAGGGUCUUGCCGGUUGACUAUCUUUGCUUCUUGACCCGGGACUUGGGCACUACGGAAUGCCAGAGGUCCCUGCCCUGCCUCAAAGCGUCCAUCUCAGCAUCCAUUCUUACCUCCCAGAACGGAGAGCAUAAUGCCCUUGAAGAUCUUGUGAUGAGAUUUAAUGAGGUGAGCUCCUGGGUGACGUGGCUGAUCCUCACAGCGGGCUCCAUGGAAGAGAAGCGGGAAGUCUUCUCAUAUUUGGUGCACGUGGCCAAAUGCUGCUGGAACAUGGGCAACUACAAUGCCGUCAUGGAGUUCUUGGCCGGCCUCAGGUCAAGAAAAGUUUUAAAAAUGUGGCAGUUUAUGGACCAGUCUGACCUGGAGACGAUGAGAAGCCUGAAGGACGCCAUGGCCCAGCAUGAAUCUUCCUGCGAGUACAGGAAGGUGGUGACUCGGGCGCUGCACAUCCCCGGCUGUAAGGUGGUUCCGUUCUGCGGGGUGUUUCUGAAGGAACUCUGUGAGGUGCUUGAUGGAGCCUCCGGCCUCAUGAAGCUUUGCCCGAGGUACAAUUCCCAAGAAGAAACUCUAGAGUUUGUAGCCGAUUAUAGUGGACAAGAUAAUUUCUUACAACGAGUGGGACAGAAUGGCUUAAAGAAUUCAGAGAAGGAGUCCACCGUCAACAGCAUCUUUCAGAUCAUCAGGAGCUGCAGUCGAAGUCUGGAGACAGAAGAGGAGGACAGCCCCAGUGAGGGGAGCAGCGCUAAGAAAAAUUCCUUGAAGGAUAAAGCCCGAUGGCAGUUUAUAAUUGGAGAUUUGUUGGAUUCUGAAAAUGACAUCUUUGAGCAGCCCCAAGAAUGCGACCCUCACGGAUCAGAAGAGCCACAGAAGGCCUUUGACCAUGGGACAGAGCUCAUCCCGUGGUACGUGCUGUCCAUCCAAGCUGAUGUGCACCAGUUCCUGCUGCAGGGGGCCACGGUCAUCCACUAUGACCAGGACAUGCACCUCUCUGCCCGCUGCUUCCUCCAGCUUCAGCCUGACAAUAGCACCUUGACCUGGAUAAAGCCCACCACUGCCUCCCCAGCCAGUGCUAAAGCAAAACUUGGUGUGCUUAGUAACACAUCUGAGCCUGGCAAAUUCCCAUUACUGGGCAAUGCUGGAUUAAGUGGCCUGGCAGAGGGGGUCUUGGAUAUGUUUUCAGCAAAGGCUGUGUACAUGGGACACCCUAGCAUUGAUAUACACACUGUGUGUGUCCAGAGCAAACUGAGUAACAUGUCUCUCUCAGAGACUGGUGUGACACUGCUCUAUGGGCUUCAGACCACGGACAAUAGAUUGUUGCACUUUGUGGCACCAAAGCACACAGCUAAAAUGCUCUUCAGUGGAUUGUUGGAACUCACUAGAGCUGUGAGAAAGAUGAGGAAGUUCCCUGACCAAAGACAGCAGUGGCUGCGGAAACAGUACGUCAGCCUCUACCAGGAGGAUGGACGAUAUGAAGGCCCAACUUUGGCUCACGCUGUGGAGUUGUUUGGCGGCAGACGAUGGAAUACUCGAAACCCCAGUCCCGGGACAUCAGCAAAGAGUGCUGAGAAGCCCAACAUGCAGAGAAACAACACCUUGGGUAUAAGCACCUCCAAGAAAAAGAAGAAAAUCCUUAUGAGGGGUGAGAGUGGAGAGGCCACUGAUGACGAGAUGGCCACCCGCAAAGCCAAAACGCACAAAGAGUGUCGGAGCCGGAGUGGUUCUGACCCUCAAGACGUUAAUGAACAAGAAGAAUCAGAGGCGAACGCCAUCAUGAGCCCUCCUAACCCUCUCCCUUCCAGAAGAGCCCACUCUUUGACCACGGCUGGGUCCCCUAACUUGGCUGCCGGCACGUCAUCUCCCAUCAGGCCAGUGUCCUCCCCUGUGCUGUCUUCUUCAAACAAGAGCCCGUCCAGUGCUUGGAGCAGCAGCAGCUGGCAUGGGCGGAUCAAAGGAGGAAUGAAGGGCUUUCAGAGCUUCAUGGUUUCAGACAGCAGCAUGAGUUUUGUGGAGUUUGUUGAGCUGUUCAAAUCAUUCAGUGUGAGGAGCCGCAAGGACCUGAAGGAUCUCUUUGACAUCUAUGCCGUACCCUGCGACCGAGCCGGCUCCACGGCGGCCCCCCUCUACACCAACCUGACCAUUGACGAAAACACCAGUGGUCUUCAGCCUGACCUAGAUUUGUUGACCAGAAAUGUCUCCGAUUUGGGGUUAUUCAUUAAGAGUAAACAGCAGCUGUCCGACAACCAGAGGCAGAUAUCUGAUGCCAUUGCUGCUGCAAGUAUCGUGACAAAUGGCACUGGGGUGGAGAGCACAUCCCUGGGCGUAUUUGGAGUUGGCAUCCUCCAGCUCAAUGACUUCCUAGUGAAUUGCCAAGGAGAACACUACACUUAUGAUGAAAUCCUCAGCAUCAUCCAGAAGUUCGAGCCUAGUGUUAGUAUGUGUCAUCAGGGCCUAAUGUCAUUUGAAGGAUUUGCAAGGUUUCUGAUGGAUAAAGAUAAUUUUGCCUCGAAAAAUGAUGAAUCGCAGGAGAACAUUAAAGAAUUGCAAUUGCCCCUCUCCUACUAUUACAUUGAAUCUUCACACAAUACCUACCUCACAGGCCAUCAACUCAAAGGAGAAUCCUCAGUAGAACUCUACAGCCAGGUCCUCCUGCAAGGCUGUAGGAGUGUAGAGUUGGACUGCUGGGACGGAGAUGAUGGGAUGCCCAUCAUUUAUCAUGGACACACCCUGACAACCAAGAUCCCCUUCAAGGAAGUGGUUGAAGCCAUCGAUCGCAGUGCCUUUAUCAACUCUGACCUCCCCAUCAUCAUAUCUAUUGAGAACCACUGUUCAUUGCCUCAGCAACGAAAAAUGGCAGAAAUUUUCAAGACUGUGUUUGGAGAAAAACUGGUGGCUAAAUUCUUAUUUGAGAGUGAUUUCUCAGAUGAUCCAAUGCUUCCCUCACCUGACCAACUCAGGAGGAAAGUGCUUCUCAAAAAUAAGAAGUUAAAAGCCCAUCAGACACCGGUGGAUAUAUUAAAGCAAAAGGCUCAUCAGCUAGCAUCCAUGCAAGCUCAGGCUUAUAAUGGUGGCAGUGCCAACCCUCCACCUGCUAAUAACGAAGAAGAGGAAGAUGAAGAGGACGAAUAUGAUUAUGACUAUGAAUCCCUCUCUGACGACAACAUUCUAGAAGACAGACCUGAAAAUAAAUCAUGUAAUGACAAACUUCAGUUUGAGUAUAAUGAAGAAAUCCCCAAGAGAAUAAAGAAAGCAGAUAACUCUGCUUGCAACAAAGGAAAGGUUUAUGACAUGGAACUGGGAGAAGAAUUUUAUCUUCCUCAGAAUAAAAAGGAAAGCAGACAGAUUGCACCAGAGCUUUCUGACCUUGUCAUCUAUUGCCAAGCAGUAAAGUUUCCAGGCCUGUCAACUCUAAAUGCAUCUGGCUCUAGCAGAGGAAAAGAAAGGAAAAGCAGGAAGUCCAUUUUUGGCAACAAUCCGGGCAGAAUGAGCCCCGGGGAGACAGCAUCACUUAACAAAACAUCUGGAAAAAGUUCCUGUGAAGGAAUGCGACAGGCCUGGGAGGACUCGCCUUCCUCUGUCAACCCAGCCACGUCCCUCAGCUCUAUCAUUAGAACUCCCAAAUGCUACCACAUCUCCUCGCUGAAUGAAAAUGCCGCCAAACGUCUGUGUCGCAGGUAUUCUCAGAAACUGAUCCAGCACACUGCCUGCCAGCUGCUGAGGACGUAUCCGGCUGCCACCCGCAUCGACUCAUCCAACCCCAGCCCCCUCCUCUUCUGGCUCCAUGGGAUACAGCUCGUGGCGCUCAACUACCAGACAGAUGAUCUCCCUUUACAUUUAAAUGCUGCCAUGUUUGAGGCCAACGGUGGCUGUGGUUAUGUUCUGAAACCCCCAGUUCUGUGGGACAAGAACUGUCCCAUGUAUCAGAAGUUUUCUCCCUUGGAAAGAGACCUGGACAACAUGGAGCCUGCCGUCUAUUCUUUAACUAUUGUCUCUGGGCAGAACGUGUGCCCGAGUAACAGCACGGGAAGCCCAUGUAUAGAGGUCGAUGUCCUGGGCAUGGCCCUGGAUAGCUGCCACUUCCGCACGAAGCCCAUCCACCGCAAUACUCUGAACCCCAUGUGGAAUGAACAGUUCCUCUUCCGGGUUCACUUCGAAGAUCUCCUAUUCCUUCGUUUUGCCGUUGUGGAGAACAACAGCUCGGUGGUAACUGCUCAGAGAAUCAUCCCCCUCAAGGCUCUAAAGCGAGGAUAUCGACAUCUUCAGCUGCGAAACCUCCACAAUGAAGUCUUGGAAAUCUCUAGUUUAUUCAUAAACAGCAGGAGGAUGGAAGAAAAUUCCUCUGGCAAUACUGUGCCGGCCUCUUUGAUGUUUAAUACAGAAGAAAGAAAAUGUUUGCAGAUUCACAGAGUCACAGUACAUGGGGUCCCAGGUCCAGAGCCCUUUGCUGUUUUCUCCAUAAAUGGAGGCACCAAGGCAAAGCAGCUUCUCCAACAAAGUCUGACCAUUGAUCAAGACACCAAACCUAUUGCCACAGACUAUUUUUUAAUGGAAGAAAAAUAUUUUGUAUCUAAAGAAAAGAAUGAAUGUAGGAAACAACCGUUCCAGAGAGCCAUUGGUCCAGAAGAAGAGAUCAUGCAGAUUUUAAGCAGCUGGUUUCCAGAAGAGGGAUAUGUUGGCAGGAUUGUCUUAAAAACCCAGCAGGAAAACCUGGAAGAGAAGAGCAUCGUUCAAGACGACAAGGAGAUGAUCCUGAGCUCAGAGGAGGAGCGUUUCUUUGUCCAAGUGCACGACGUUUCUCCAGAGCAACCGCGAACGGUCAUCAAGGCGCCCCGCGCCAGCACUGCGCAGGACGUCAUUCAGCAGACCUUAUGCAAAGCCAAAUAUUCCUAUAGCAUCUUGAGCAACCCGAACCCAGGUGAUUAUGUGCUUUUGGAGGAGGUGGUGAAAGACACUGCCAACAGGAAGUCUUCUACCCCAAAGUCCUCCCAGCGUGUCCUUUUGGAUCAGGAGUGUGUUUUUCAAGCUCAAAGCCGGUGGAAAGGUGCAGGAAAAUUCAUCCUUAAGCUAAAGGAACAAGUGCAGGCAUCCCGAGAAGACAAAAGAAAAGGCAUCUCUUUUGCAAGCGAACUCAAGAAGCUCACCAAGUCGACUAAACAGCCCCGAGGACUCACAUCACCUUCUCAGGUCUUGGCCUCAGAAAAUGUCCAAAACAAGGAGGAGAAACCUGUGGGCGGCUUGUCCUCCAGUGACACGAUAGACUAUCGACAGUGAGCAAGGGUAGCACGUUUUACCCAGGU